CCCUUCCUCCUGCCCUUGUCUUUCAAUCGUUCGGGCGCACGCAGUUUCAUUCCCCGCUAGACCACGCUCAUCAAAAUCGGCGCUGAGCCACGUCCACGACCAUGCAGACAGUGGCGCACAACCCCGCGAACACGAACCCCGACACGGAACAGCGCAGACGGCGCGCAAACAUCGACAGGCAAAAAGCCAACCACCUAUCAAGGCAGCUCCAGAUGCGCCUGCAGUACGCCCGCCUCAAGGUCGAGCACGGCUGGCAACGCCAGAACCUGAACGAGGUCGAGAACCUCUACUUCCACCACUCGCACCACCGCCGGCCGUCCUCCGCCUCCCCCGCCCGCGCGCACGCGGGCAGGAACGCUGCUGCCAAUGCCAAUGCCAGCACGAAUGCGAAUGUGAAUGCCAGCACGAACGCGAAUGUGAAUGCCCACUCGAACUCGAACUCGAACACGAACCCGGAUGCGAGUAUGGAUACGCGCCCCGACCCAGAUCCCACCCCGCGCCCCGCGCCCACCACCACCACCCCCAACUCCGCCCCUCCGCGCCCCCCGAACCCGAACCCGAGCCCGCAGCACAGUCCCGCCCCGCAAUCGCACCCGGCCCCGGCCCCGGCCCCGGCCCCAAACCCAACCCCGACCCCAAUCCCUCCCCCGCCGCACCGCCCACCCAUGAACUUCCGCGAGGUCCUCGACGAAGCCGACCGCCUCGUCGCGCAGGCCGCCGGGCUCCUCCCCGCGCCCUAUCCCCCCACGCUCACCUACGACUCCUUCUGGCAGGCGCACACCCCGUCCUACCGCUCCCUCCUCGCGAGCAAGGCCGCCGCGUCCUCUCCCGCCCCUGCGGACGGGAGCACCGGGGCGCAUCGGCUGUUCGCGGGCACGACGGGCCCGUUCAUACAGCGCUCGCAGUACAGCUUCGAGUUUGACGCGGAGAAGGCGAGGGCGUGGCAGCAGGGGCAGGGAGGGGGCGCGCAGGGGCCGUAG